AUGAUUCGCUUACUAGGAAAAAGUCAAAACUUGAAGCUAGUCUGAAUGCACCAAUUCCAAAUAUUGCUACCACAAUAUCUCAGACAAGUAUUAGUUCAAGUAAAUCCCUUUCUGACCUCGUAGAUCUUGAAAUAGAUGAUAAUGCUUAUAAUGCGGAAAAUUUAAACGAAUCUGUACAAUUAAUUUUCAAAAUCGAAUUAGAUUCAAAACUUAUUGAGAGCAUUUUUUCGAAUCAACAAGCAUUAAAAUCAA